AUGGAUUUCGGUUUCGGCCUAUUCUUACCCAAACGGCAAAGUCCGGAACCGCCAAAAUCCGCUUCAGGAGCAUCAGGAGCAUCAGCAACAAGCCCCCGCGCAUCCACUGCUCCAGGCCCGGAUUCCUCCUCCUCCUCUCUCCUCUCCUUCGGUCCGUACGUCCCACCCGUUAGCGACACCACCAGCAACAAGCCUCUGAGCGCAUCAGGCGCCGGAAUUUCCGCUGGAUCCACUUCCUCCUCUUCCCGCCGGAAUUUCAGCCAGGCGACUUCCACCGCGAAGCGCGGCGGGACUUCCGGCGCAACUCGUGCUGGUUUGCCUCCGGGGGGUAGGGAUGCAGGGGGAGGUGGAUCUGGGGGAGGUGGCUAUGGAAGAGGAGGAAUUGUGGGUGCGGGGACGAGUGGUGAGGGGAUGGGUGGGAGAGGAGCGGUGAGAACUGCUGUGGGUGGCGGUGGCGACGGUGGUAACCAUGUUACCAGCGGGUUUGAUGGUGAAACUGGUGCUGUUAGUGGUGCGGGUAGGUUCAGUGGUGCCAGGACAAUGACAAGUGCAGCAGCAGGUUCAGGAGGCAUUGGGGGGAUGAGUUACUUAGAAGGAGGAGCAAGAGGAGCGGGACGAGAAGCAGGGGUUCCAGAUGGCAGAUUAGGGGCUGUUAGGGCGGAGAGGGCUAGUACUGCUGGUACCUCCUCCGCGGGCCGUACUGGCACCUCUCGUGUCAACCCUAUCCGUGCUUCUGCUGGCGCUGCUGGCGCAGCUGUCGCUCCUGGCGCUCCUGGUGCUGCCACCAGCACCAGCACCAGCAGCAGAACCACCACCGGCAGUGGUAGCAGCAGCAGCAGCAGGGGGGGAGUGACAGGGAGCAGCAAGUCGGAUUUACUGUCUCGCGACUUAUGGAUGAAGGACAGCCAUGCACUGCACUGCUACGCGUGUGACGCGCAGUUCACCAUCCUCAACCGCCGCCACCACUGCCGCCGCUGCGGCCGCGUCUUCUGCGGCCGAUGCACCCAGCGCUCCAUCCCCAUGCCCUUCCUGCGCCGCGACCAGGCACGCCCGCUCCUGCCCGCUGGUCCUGCUGCUGGUGCUGGCGGUGCUGGUGCUGCUGGCGGUGCUGCUGCUGCUGCUGGUGGUGGUGGUGGUGGUAGUGGUGCUGGGGGUAGUUUUGCCGGUGGUGGUGGUGCUGGUGCUGGUGGUGCUGGUGCUGGUGGUGUUGGUGUUGGUGGUGGUGGUGGUGGUGGGGUUCAGGAUGUUGCUACUGAGAAGGUUCGGGUGUGCGACCAGUGUUACGCCGAGGCUCUCAGCUUGCCUCGGAAAGACCCCCAUCCUAAAGGCGCAGGUUCGGCGUUUCGGGAAGCGGCGGAGGUGGGAGAAGGGAGAGGAGGAGGGGUGCAGGGGAGGGGAGGGAGGGGAGAAGGGAGGGGAGGAGAAGGGGAUAUGUGGGAGUGGGAGGAGGGAGGGAAGAUGAGGAGGGGAUUGGGAGGGGGGAGGGGUCAGAGUGGAGCAAUAGUUUUCGGCAUCAUUUUGACUUUGUCUGUAUUUCCCUCUCCCUUUCACACUCUCUUUCUAACACCGAUUGAUGAUGAAGCCUAUGGGGAAGACGAGGAGGAGGACGCGGAGGAGGAGGAAGAAGAAGAGGAGGAAGAUGAAGAGGAUGAGGAUGAGGAUGAGGAUGAAUGCGAGGAGGACGAUGACGAGGAGGAGGAGGAGGACGAGGAAGAGGAGGAGGAGGAGAUGGGUCUUGUGGGGCUCACUGGUGCGCAGGCAGCGCAGCACGAGGGGGGGAGGAACGAGAGAAGUGGGUCGGACCCGAGGUGGAGGGCUGGUAGAGAGACGGUAGUGGAAGGGGGAGAAGGGGAGGAUGGGGAGGUGGAAACGAGGAGGGGACCCCAUGCUCGACAUAGUCACAUUCAUUAUUAUGAUCCGAGGCACCAUCACCUGCAGCGCCAGCAGCAGCAGCAGCAGCAGCAGCCUGAGCACCAGCAGAGGGAGCAGCGUGACUGGCAGCCUAUCUCGAAGACUGAUGUAGCGGCGAGGGGAAACGGCAGUUCUGGUGGCAGCACCACUGCUAGUGGCAGCACUACUGCAGAGGAGGAGAGCGACAGGGAGAGCCCAUCUAUGUGGGACCUCGCUUACUUCCCCCUCGGGUUCACCAGGACGUUUGGGCUUGGGCUAGGUGGGGGGAAGGCAACGGGGAGUAGGAUGGGCGGUGGUGGGGGAGGCAGUGGUGGUGGUGGAGGUGGUGGCGCUGCGGGCAAUGGUGCUGUGGGUAAAUCGUCGUCGGUUAAUGCCCUUGAUUCGUUUCCGUUCUCGCUCAUUUCCCCUCGAGGGCCCAGGCCUGCUGCCGUCUUGCCUGCUGCUGCUGUUGCGCCUGCUGCUCCUGCUUCUGUUGCCAGUAACACUCCAGCUGCUGUGUUACCAGAAGCGGUAACAGUAGCUGCCGAGUAUGGUAGGCGGUCUCUGUCACGUCCCAACACGCCUCCCCACCCCAGCACAAACGGGCAACACGCCGACAUCAAAGAUGCCCCUAAUUCUGCCUCUACCGCUGCCACUACUGUCCCUAAUGCCUCUAGCGACAAUCGCACUGUCACGGCUGCUACCAUUCCCAACUCCUCUGGACCUGCAGAGAGCAGGGUUGGUAUUGGCAGAGGGGGCCCUGUGGGGCGAGUGGACGGGGGGGACAGCAUGAGUGGGGGCUUGGGAGCGGCAGGGAGGACGAGGAGUGGGUUUGGGUUGGAAGAGGGGGAGGAUGUGGAGGACAGUGAUUGGUGGUGCAGAGACAGGUGGACGCUGGGAAGGAAGGCAGGAAGGGGUGGUGCUGGUGCUGGUGGUGCCGGUGGUGGUGGUGGUGGCGCUGCUGGUGGUGCUGGUGGUGGUGGUGGAUUAACGGACUCACAACAGCAGCAGCAGCAGCAGCAGCAGCAGCAGCAGCAGCAGGCAGUGGGGCGAGGAGCACAAGGGAUGCAGUAUGAUGUGGUGAAGGGGCCGGCGCUGCACAUCCGCACAGGCAGCCAGGACCUCUGGCGCCCUGGGGAUGACCUAAAUGCCCCCCCUGCUGCCGCUGCUUCUGCCAUUCCCUCUGCUUCUGCUGCUACCGCUGCUGCUGCAGCUGCUGCUAGUGCUGCUGGUGGUGCUGUGGGUGGUGGUGGGAACAGGGGAGGGGAGGUUGGAGGAGGGGUUGGAGGAACAGGGGGAGGAGCAGGAGGGGGAGGAAGCAGCGGGCUUGUUCGGGCUGGGUCGUUUGGAGUGGUUGGGUCCGGUGUGGAUGAUCGGAUCGGAGCGAUGGUGGUUGCUACUCCCACUGCCUCUGGAUCAGCCACUCCCAGACCCCGGUCUAUCCAAGAAGAUGCAGAUGCUGGGGAGGAGACGGCGGAAGGAGUGGCGUCCGGAUUCGGCGUAUCUCCGUACCUGCAGUCGUCGUACGGCUCGUCGUCCUCCGAGUGUCCAGAUGCGGUGAAUCUGGAGGCGAAUAGCAAGCUCUGGGAGACGCCGCCUCCGGAUUCGUCUGCACUUGGGGGAGGUGGGAUCCAGGGCAGGGGCAGGGCGGUUGCAUAUGUGGAUGAGGAGGACGAGGAGGGUAGCUGGUGGAAUGAGAGGGGAGGAGGGGAAGGAGAAGGAGAAGGGGAAGGAGAUGGGUGGGAUGCGAGCAGCAGCACUGGCCAGUAUGGUGAUAGUUCAUCCUCGGUUUAUGGGGGUGGGGAGGGGUGGCAGGGGGAUGGACAGAUGGGGGUAUACAGUGGAGGAGCAGGAGGAGGAGCAGGAGGAGGAGGAGGAGGAGGCGGAGCAACACGAACAGGGGGGAGAGAGGGAGGAGGCUCUGCAGCUGCUGCAGCUGCAGUGCCAGCAGGGGUGGGCAUAGUGCUACCAGGCAGUGUGGACGCACGGGAGAGGCUAAGGGAGGUGGUGGAGGGGCAUUUCAGCGCACUGGUAGAGCAGAUGCUCAAAGCAGAGGGGCUGCAGGCAGGGGGCGAGGGAGACCUGGAAGGGUGGCUUGAGGUGGUUCGGCGCCUGGCGUCCGAAGCUGCGUCGCUGGUUCGGCCGGACUCGAGCUCGAUGGGGGGGUAUAUGGACCCCGGGGGGUAUAUUAAAGUGAAGUGCAUUGCAGGCGGCAAGCGCAGUGAGAGCUGUGUGGUGGACGGGGUGGUGUGUCGAAAGAACGUGGCCAACAAGAGAAUGGCAUCGGACAUCCGGUGGCCGCACAUCGCUCUGCUCGCCUCCACCCUCGAGUACCAGCGCUGCCCCAACCGCCUCUCCUCCAUCGACACACUGCUCGCCCAGCAAGAGACCCAUCUGCGCCACAUGCUGCAGAAGAUUGAGCGCAAGUUCCCGCGCCCUGCCCCCCAACAAGCCCCUGUACAAGCCUACUCGCAAGCUCCCUCGCAAGCCUACCCCCAAGGCUACCCACAACAAGGCUACCCGCAAGGGCCGCCCAGCAGCCACGGCAUGUACUCUGUUCCUACCACACCCACGGGAGCAGCAGUGGGGGCGAGGGGGCGGGGGUUCCGGGGCGAAGGGGAGCCGGGGCCAGGGCUGACGAGACAGACCGGGGUGCUUGGGAGCGGUGCCUUUGGUGGUGUUGCUGGCGGGGGCGGGCAGGUGGGCGGCAGUGUGCUGCUAGUGGAGGGAACAGUCUCCGGCUUCGCGCAGCAGUGGAUGGUGGAGCACCGCAUGUCUCUCGUCUUCAACGUCAAGCGCUCUCUCUUAGAGAGAGUGGCGCGCUGCACGGGAGCCAAGGUGGCUCAAUCCGCUGAGACGCUGGAUAGGCUCGGGCAGUGCCAGCGGUUCUGGACGAGGAAGUUUGUGGAGGAGUGGGAUGUGGUGGGGAGUGGUGGAGUAGGGGCGGAGGCAGGUGCUGCGACAGGCAGGGGAAGGGGUGGGCCAGGUGCGAGUGGAGUUGGUGGUGGUGCUGGUGGUGGUGGGAGCAGUGCUGCUGGUGCUGCCGCUGCUGGGGGUGGUCGCAAGAACGUGAAGACGCUGUUGUUUCUCGAGGGCUGCCCCAUCCCUCUCGGCUGCACUGUACGUGCUUCCUCACACUGA